AUGCCUCGUCCGGUUCACCGCUCCCUCCUGCUCUAUGUGGCGGCCGCCGCCGGCGUCUCGCUGUGUUCUGUGGUGUACUGCGCCGGCGCGGCAUUGCCGGACCCGGCACCGCUUGACCCGGGCCUGUUCAUGCCGUCGGCCACCCCGUCGCAGCCGGGCGCCGCCACGAUCCCAGCGUUCCCGGAGCAGUCGAACGCCGCGGCGGGGGCCUCCUCCACGUGCCCGCUCGACCCCAACCCGCGGCUCCUCCCGGCCGUGCUCUCCGCCUGCGACGCCGACGGCGCGCUCUCCUCGAGGCUACGGUGCUGCCCCGCGCUGGCCGCGUGGCUGUUCGCCGCCUACGCGCCCACCGCGCUCGCGGCGAGGCCGGCAAGGUCGGCAUCGGCAGCGCCCGUGGACAUGCCGGUGCCGCCGGACGACUCGGAGGCGUGCGCGGGCGCCACGGAGCGCGCGCUGCGGUCCGAGGGGGCGGCGCUGCCCCGCCCGCCGGGGGCCAACGGGACCUGCGACGUGGCCUUCUGCUACUGCGGGGUGAGGCUGCGGCGGCUGACGUGCGGGGCCCAGCCGACGGGCGCUGGCCAGUGGGUCCCGCCGGCGGCGGCAGCGAGGAGGCUGCAGAGGGACUGCGCGCGGCCGGGCGUUCCCGGCUGCUCCAAGUGCAUCCGCGCUCUUACCAAGGUGAAGGCCGGUUCCGGCGGCGCGGCGGCAUCGGCGAAGCUGCAGGCCGGCGCGUCGAGCGAGCGGGACUGCCAGCUGAUGGGGCUCAUGUGGCUGCUGCAGCGCAACGCCACGCGCUACGGCGCGGCGGCCACGGCCGUGAUCCGGGCACUCAUGGCCGCCGACGAGGCGUCCGCGGCGGGCGUCGAGGUGGCGGUGGGGCCAGCGGCGUGCUCGCUCCCCGUGGACGACAUGCCGCUCCCGGCAGAGUACGCGCGGCGCAGCGAGGCCGCUGCUCGGCCAGCAGCCAUUCGCUGUAUCUACGGCCUCAUCCUGCUUGCCAUGCUCAGUCUCGUCUACUCGCUGUAG